AUGCGCUGGGGCGGACACUAUUCGGCCAUAAACAGCGAUCCAGAUGGUGACCAUUCAGAGCCUCUGGAAAUGGACAAUAUAAUGAGGGAGGAAGCCCGGGGAUUUGAGUCAAUACCGCAAUCCGAAGAGCUAAGCACCAAAGGACCGAACGACUCGACUGCUGCCACUAAACCAUCUCCGCUAAGGAAGCGCUGGUCUGACCCAGUAUGGUGGUGUGUUUCUGGAAAUAGCAUCAUUCUUAUUUUCAACGUUAUUUUCAUCAUCGUUGCAACAGCACGGGCAGGGUCUAGAUAUGGAGGUGUAGCCUUUGGUUCCAACAUCCUCUACGAAGGAUCGUGCACAACGGCGAGGGAUAUGAAGAUUGGAAUCCAUCUGAUAAUCAACGUGUUCAGUGUCAUCUUGACGGCAACGAGCAGUUUUUCGAGUAACAUUCUGAUGUCUCCGUCGCGAGCGGACGUUGACCGCGCGCAUUCUGAGCGUAAUUGGCUCACCAUUGGUGUUUUCUCGAUACGGAAUAUCAAAAGCUUACGGUGGCCCCAUCGAACGAUGUGGGUUGUUUUGACUGUGACGUCUCUCGUAGUGCAAUUCAUUUACAACUCCGUGAUUUAUUCCUCUCUCAACGCAAAUACUUACGCCGCGCUUGUUGCGUCACACGACUUUGUUUCGAACAGCAGCAUUCCGGACUCGGAAUUCGAAGCGCAGUCUUGUUUUGCAGAGUCUGAUCUUGCAUGGAACGUGUCGGCUUUACGGACGAGCGUCCUCAAUGGGGAGUUUGAAGUGCUGGAUCCUCAAGCAUGCAUUGAUGCUUACGCAGUGGAAUUUCUUUCAGACCGCCGAACUGUGAUUGCAGUUACUUCCGACCCCAUGACGGACAACAGUACGAGGCUAUACAUAAGUGGCUAUGGCUGGCCUGCCAGGAUCUAUGAUGCCAUUCCUAAUAACACCAUCGAGAAAAGCGGGUUGUUGACUGAGCAAUACGCUGAUGAGACCGUAGACUCUUCAAGCUAUAACACAGGUGACCCUUUCAAAUGGAUAUGCAGUGGGAAUGAUUGGAAUGGCACGUAUAAAUACCAGUCUUGCACGAAAUCACAGGCGCAAGAUAUGAGUCCAUGGACGAUAUCUGGUAUGGCAUGGGCACCUUUCACUGCCAUACAACAGCCCCCGAAUACCAUGCUGGAUUGGAUGACAGUGGCUUGGGAGACCGAUACUGAUCUGGAUUCUAUCUGGACGGGACUGAGCGAUACUGAGCGUACGGAUCUCAGGGCCAAACUCGAGGCGAAUCCAACACUGGAACAGAUGCAGUCGUUCGUGCAGGGCCGGACAUGGAGUAACGACACGUUUGGAGAUGCCUUGGUCAUCAACGCUUCCUGCUCAGAUAAAGAGUGGCUACCGUCAGACGAUUUCCUUGUAACGGCUCCACAACGCAAGAUGGCAUUUCCUAUUGACCAUUGUCUUAGCCAGUAUGUGGACGAGCAAUGUCAGUUAUUGUACAACAUGCCCAUCGGAAUCGUCAUCAUCAUAUGCAUUUUGCUGAAAGUGAUAUGUCUGUCAUUUCUGGUGAACAUCGACAGACGAAACCUCUUCCUCACCGUGGGGGAUGCCAUUUCCUCCUAUCUUCAAAGCCCAGACCCGUUGACAAAGGGGUGGUGCAUGCUUUCCAAAAAGACAGUCAAACGAAACAAGGAAUGCCCCUGGAACCCCAAAUGCGAACAGGAAGUAAGAAACGCGCCCCUAGCAGGCCAUCCUCACCCCGAAAAUCCACCCACGAAGCGACGAAUAUGGUCAAAUGCGUGUAAACCCAUCGUCACAUUGAUCCUCCUCCCCAUCCUCGUGAUCUACAUCGCCAUGACCCAAAUCCUGCCCCAGUUCGCCGCUGCAGCAGCCCAGGGUAUAGCAUACGGCGACAUCAGCGUCUCCCAGAUCUGGGACAUCAAGGGCUUCGGUGCCGUGCAAUCGAACGCGCUGCUCACGAACCUCGCCAGGACUUACGUAGGCAUGCAACUCCUAGCAAACACGCCACAACUCCUCGUCUCCUUACUCUAUUUCCUGUUUAACGACCAUCUCACCCGCAUGCUCCACGCAGCAGACUACAAUCAAUACGCCCUGACCCGUCGACCGCUACGCGUCUCGUUUCCUCAGGGCUCGCAACGAUCAACAUUCUACCUCUCCAUCCCCUACCGCUAUUCCUUGCCUCUCCUAUUCACAUUCACACUAAUCCACUGGCUCAUUUCCGAAGGCAUCUUUUACGUUCAACUACUUCCUUACGAUCUCGCCGGAAACCCGAUCUUGACAUCCAAGCUGAUGACGUGCGGCAUCUCAACGAUUCCGUUGGAAAUUGCCAUGUUUCUGACUAUUGCGUGUUUGGUGGUCGUCUGGGGGUUGUCGGCGAGGGAGUUUGGGUGUGCUAAGAUGCCGUUUGCGUUGGGGUGUAGUGUUGCGAUUAGUGCUGCGUGUCAUCCGCCGAAGGAUGAUAGGCAUGCUGCGUUUGGGCCGGUUAUGUGGGGGGCUGCCAAUGCUGAUACAGAUGAGGUGGCUCAUUGCUGCUUUACGUCUUUCGAAGUGACGGAGCCUCUGAAAGAUCGGUUAUAUGCUUAG